AUGACAAACCAGGAAAAAUGGGCCCAUCUCAGUCCCUCGGAAUUUUCCCAGCUUCAGAAAUAUGCUGAGUAUUCUACGAAGAAAUUAAAGGAUGUUCUCGAAGAAUUCCAUGGGAAUGGCGUGCUUGCCAAGUAUAAUCCUGAAGGGAAACAAGAUAUUCUUAACCAAACCAUAGAUUUUGAAGGCUUCAAGCUGUUCAUGAAGACCUUCCUGGAAGCCGAGCUCCCUGACGAUUUCACAGCUCACCUUUUCAUGUCGUUCAGCAACAAAUUCCCCCAUUCCAGCCCCAACGUCAAGAGCAAGCCCGCCCUCCUUGCAGGGGGUCUGAGAAUGACUAAGGGCGCCAUCACCCCUCCACGCUCCUCCCCAGCAAGCACAUGCUCCCCAGAAGUCAUCCACCUCAAAGACAUUGUGUGCUAUCUGUCUCUCCUUGAAAGAGGACGCCCCGAGGAUAAGCUUGAGUUCAUGUUUCGUCUGUAUGACACAGAUGGAAAUGGCUUCCUCGACAGCUCGGAAUUGGAAAACAUCAUCAGCCAGAUGAUGCACGUGGCGGAGUACCUGGAAUGGGAUGUCACUGAACUUAACCCGAUCCUCCAUGAAAUGAUGGAGGAAAUUGACUAUGACCGCGAUGGUACCGUGUCUCUGGAGGAGUGGAUUCAAGGCGGAAUGACCACUAUCCCGCUUCUCGUCCUGUUGGGCUUGGAAAAUAAUGUGAAGGAUGAUGGACAGCAUGUGUGGCGACUCAAGCACUUUAACAAGCCUGCCUACUGCAAUCUCUGCCUGAACAUGCUGAUCGGUGUGGGGAAGCAGGGCCUCUGCUGCUCCUUCUGCAAGUACACAGUCCAUGAGCGCUGUGUGGCCAGAGCCCCUCCCUCCUGCAUCAAGACCUAUGUGAAGUCCAAGAAGAACACGGAUGUCAUGCACCAUUAUUGGGUUGAAGGCAACUGUCCAACCAAGUGUGAUAAGUGCCACAAAACAGUUAAAUGUUACCAGGGCCUGACAGGGCUGCACUGUGUUUGGUGUCAGAUCACACUGCACAAUAAAUGUGCUUCUCACCUGAAGCCUGAAUGUGACUGUGGACCUCUGAAGGACCAUAUUUUACCACCCACCACAAUCUGUCCCGUGGUAUUGCAAACUAUGCCCACGGCAGGAGUUUCUGUUCCUGAGGAAAGGCAGUCAACAGCUAAAAAGGAAAAGGGCAGCUCUCAGCAGCCAAAUAAAGUGACUGACAAGAAUAAAAUGCAAAGAGCUAACUCUGUUACUAUGGAUGGACAAGGUUUGCAGAUCACUCCUGUUCCUGGCACACAUCCACUUCUAGUUUUCGUCAACCCAAAAAGUGGUGGGAAGCAAGGGGAACGCAUUUACAGAAAAUUCCAGUAUCUACUAAACCCUCGCCAGGUUUACAGCCUUUCUGGAAAUGGACCAAUGCCAGGGUUGCACUUUUUCCGGGAUGUCCCUGACUUCAGAGUGUUGGCGUGCGGUGGAGAUGGGACAGUGGGCUGGAUUUUGGAUUGCAUAGAAAAAGCCAAUGUAGUCAAGCACCCUCCAGUUGCUAUUCUGCCUCUUGGGACUGGCAAUGAUCUAGCAAGAUGCCUGCGGUGGGGUGGAGGCUAUGAAGGUGAGAAUCUGAUGAAAAUCCUAAAGGACAUCGAGAGCAGCACAGAAAUCAUGCUGGACAGGUGGAAGUUUGAAGUCAUACCCAAUGACAAGGACGAGAAAGGAGACCCUGUGCCUUACAGCAUCAUCAACAACUACUUCUCCAUUGGCGUGGAUGCUUCCAUUGCACACAGAUUCCAUAUCAUGAGAGAAAAACACCCAGAGAAAUUCAACAGUCGAAUGAAGAACAAAUUUUGGUAUUUUGAGUUUGGCACAUCUGAAACCUUCUCAGCCACCUGCAAGAAGCUACAUGAAUCUGUAGAAAUAGAAUGUGAUGGAGUACAGAUAGAUUUAAUAAACAUCUCUCUGGAAGGAAUUGCAAUUUUGAAUAUACCGAGCAUGCAUGGAGGGUCUAAUCUUUGGGGAGAAUCUAAAAAAAAGAGAAGCCAUCGACGGAUCGAGAAAAAAGGAUCUGACAAAAGACCCACACUCACAGAUGCCAAAGAGCUGAAGUUUGCAAGUCAAGAUCUGAGUGACCAGCUGCUAGAGGUUGUUGGCUUGGAAGGCGCAAUGGAAAUGGGCCAAAUAUACACAGGGCUGAAAAGUGCUGGCCGGCGGCUGGCUCAGUGCUCCUCUGUGCUUAUCAGGACGAGCAAGUCACUGCCAAUGCAGAUUGAUGGGGAGCCAUGGAUGCAGACCCCGUGCACAAUAAGAAUUACACACAAGAACCAAGCCCCAAUGCUGAUGGGCCCUCCCCCCAAAACUGGGUUGUUCUGCUCACUCAUCAAAAGGAGAAGAAACCGAAGCAAGGAGUAG